UCGUCCGGCUUCUGCACCAUCGGGUUCCCUAACCGCGGGUCUUAAUUUUCAUUGCCUUGUUUAUUUUUACUUUUUUUUUUGAUAUGGCCAUCGCAUCUCUUACGACUAAACCGAUAUUUCCCCUUUUUUUACACUGCGAUAAAAGGCUAAAUCAGUUUCUCCUGUAUAUACACCCUCCUCCGAUGACGAUCUUGAGCACUUUUAUCUAGAGUGAUGCUUUCGACUUUCUGCGAGCGACGGCGCCUGCGAUUCGAUUUUUGCAUAUUUCACAUUUCAGACGAUACCUUGUUUUCUAUUCUUCGGUUAGGGAAAAUACGUCCUUUUGACCUCGUGGUUUUGGCCGCGGUGAUGUAUAGAAAGUGCGGCGAUCUGCCAUCUUGGCGCGCAUCUUUUUUGGUCCGGAGUUUUUUCUUGGUGUCUCAUGGCGACUAUGCAAGAUACUCAGCGGUUUACCAUCUAUUUCUGAUAUCCUUGGUUGGUUUUGGGUGGGUUGGGUUUUUUUUCAUGCUUUUAGGGAUUCUAGAAAGGUGGAAACGAUAUAUGUCUGCAUUGAUUGGGCCUGUGAACUGUUCGGAAUGUCUUUUGCUUUUAUUUUACAUUUGUGCUUUUAACAAUUACUUUUUUUCUCCAUUUUCUUUCGUGUAUAUGGGUUGGUGAUGGGUGACAUUUUUAUGUUCGUUGCUUCUGGCUAACGGCUGUGAAAAUCCAUGGACUGGAUGAG